CACAUGGCGGACGGCGAGAUCAACCACCGGGAGGUGGAGGUGCUGCGUGACGGGCACUGGCAGUGGGUGCAGUGGCGACAUGUGGUUGUCGGCGACAUUGUCAAAGUCCACAACAACGACUUCUUCCCCGCCGAUCUGCUCAUCCUGUCAUCCAGCGAGCCGCAAGCCAUGUGCUACAUAGAAACAAUGAAUUUGGACGGAGAAACAAAUCUGAAAAUCAGGCAAGGUAUUCCAGAAACAGCCAAACUACUGGAAACCAAGGAUUUGGUUCUGUUCAGAGCGACUGUCGAGUGUGAGCUGCCCAACAGGCAAAUCUACGAAUUCAAUGGCACAUUCAGAGAGAAAAACAAACAGCCGAUUCCUUUGGGACCUGAUAGGAUAUUGUUGAGAGGAGCUAUGCUGAGGAACACCAGCUGGGUUUUUGGAUUGGUCAUCUACACCGGACACGAAUCGAAGCUGAUGAAGAAUGCUACAGCCGCGCCCCUCAAACGUUCCACUAUCGAUAGGUUAACGAACACGCAGGUCCUCUGCCUAUUCUUUCUUUUGAUAGUCCUUUGCUUAGUUAGUGCCAUUUGGAACCAGAUUUGGACGAAUGCGCACACAAAAACAGACUGGUACUUAAAUCUUCAAGCUGUAUUUAAUAGGAGUUUUGGAUAUAAUUUGUUGACUUUUGUAAUUUUGUAUAACAAUCUCAUUCCAAUAUCGCUACAAGUUACCUUGGAAAUCGUCCGAUUUGUUCAAGCGAUUUUCAUAAACAUGGACAUUGAUAUGUAUCAUGAAGAAUCGAAUACACCAGCAAUGGCUAGAACAUCGAAUUUGAAUGAAGAAUUAGGAAUGGUUAAAUAUAUAUUUUCUGAUAAGACUGGGACAUUGACUAGAAAUGUGAUGGAAUUCAAACAAUGCUCCGUAGCUGAUGAAAUCUAUUUCGCUCCAACGACGGAUGAUCCCACUGAAUCGAUGCUUAUCCAGCAUCUUGUUCAACGCGGGCCUAAAUCAGAAACGAUAAAAGAGUUUCUAACAUUGAUGGCGGUCUGUCACACUGUCAUUCCCGAAAAAGUCCCUGAAACAGGAGAGAUAGUUUAUCAUGCGUCAUCACCAGAUGAACGAGCUUUAUUACAGGGCGCUAAAGCAUUCGGCUUUGUUUUUGAUACAAGAACACCACAUCAAGUAGAAAUCGUAGCUUUAGAAACUCGAGAAACGUACACUGUUUUAAACGUAUUAGAAUUUACGAGUGCCAGGAAAAGAAUGUCUGUAAUUGUGAGGAUGCCGAAUGGAAAAAUUAGGUUAUAUUGCAAGGGCGCUGAUAGUGUAAUUUAUGAGAGACUUGCACCCGACGCAUCGCAGUACCGCGAAACAACACUGCAACAUCUAGAAGAGUUCGCUCAAUCCGGCUUGAGAACUCUGUGCUUUGCAAUGGCUGACAUCAAUGAAACUGAUUAUAAGGAAUGGGCUCUUCUUUACAACAAAGCUAGCACGUCAAUGCAAAAUAGAGAAAUCAAGAUGGAGGAUGCGGCUAACAUGAUUGAACGGAAUCUACACCUCCUGGGAGCCACAGCUGUAGAAGACAAAUUACAAGAUCAGGUACCGGAAACCAUUGCAGCUCUCCUCAAAGCUGAUAUCAAUGUAUGGAUAUUGACUGGUGAUAAACAAGAGACUGCUAUCAACAUAGGCUAUUCGACAAAGCUCAUCGUUCAAGGCAUGCCAGUCAUCAUAUUGAACGAAACGUCUUUAGAUAGCUUGAGAGAGUCGAUAGCGCGACACUGCAACGACCUGGGUGACGCCCUGGGUCGCAACAACAACAGCCUGGGUCUGGUCGUCGACGGCCAUUCGCUCAAGUUCGCACUGUCACACGAACUACGUCGCGACUUCCUGCAGCUCUGCCUGUCCUGUCGGUCGGUCAUAUGCUGUCGAGUGUCGCCCAUACAGAAAGCCGAGGUGGUAGAUUUAGUUACUACAAAUACGAAAUCGGUCACUCUGGCAAUUGGUGAUGGAGCCAACGAUGUUGCAAUGAUUCAAAAGGCGCAUGUCGGCGUGGGGAUUUCAGGCGUUGAAGGAUUGCAAGCAGCAUGUGCGUCCGACUAUUCUAUUGCACAAUUCAGAUUCCUGCUAAAGCUGUUAUUUGUUCAUGGCUCUUGGAACUACACUCGAAUGUGCAAGGUGAUAUUGUACAGUUUCUACAAGAACAUUUGUCUCUACGUCAUGGAACUGUGGUUUGCUAUUUAUUCUGGUUUUUCGGGCCAAAUUCUCUUUGAAAGAUGGACGAUUGGAUUUUAUAAUGUGAUAUUUACUAGUGCCACUCCAUUCGCCAUCGGUCUUUUUGACAAAGUGUGUUCAGCUGAAACAAUGAUGAGGUAUCCGAAGCUCUACUCGCACGGUCUCACCAAGUUCGAUGUCAAAGUAUUCUGGGUGUGGAUAUUCAAUUCGCUGUAUCAUUCUGUCCUUCUCUACUGGCUCACCAUGUACAUGGCAAAGCACGAUGUGGUCUGGAGUAAUGGAAAAGAAGGAGGAUAUCUCAUGCUUGGCAAUAUGGUCUAUACAUAUACAGUGGUGACAGUGUGCAUCAAAGCUGGAUUACAUAUGAAUUUCUGGACGUGGUUGACUUAUGCAGCGAUCGUCGGAUCUGUUCUUAUGUGGUUUCUAUGCAUUUUAGCGUACAGUCAUGUCUACCCGCUAGUGCCAGUGGGUCAAGUUAUGUUGGGCAUGGACAGAAUGGUGUUCACGUCGGGAGUCUUCUGGGUUGGAAUGAUACUUGUUCCAUUCACUGUGCUUAUCCUUGACGUUGCUGUUUUAGCGUGAGUAACGACAAUUGUUCAACAUCAAUUCAAUAAUUUAAUAAUUAUUUUAAUUU